UCUCUCUCUCCAUGUUCUCUUCUCCCAUCAAGGUCCAGCCAUCGCGCUCACCAGGACUGGCUGAGACCAUCAGAAGUCUUGCCCUGAACACACAGGCGAGGGAGCCAUGGUACGAUGGGAGCGGGCCCCGCCAUGGAAUCUGGCCAUCGUCUGGGCCUUCAUCCUUCCCUUGUCUCUCGCGUUCCUGGAAUCCAUUAACGACCCUGAAAUAGCAGUUCUGGAAGGCCUUGCAGAUGACCUCUUCUCCCCUCACCUGGAUGCUGUUCACCCAGCGGUUCUUCAGCGAGUCAACUCUUCGUUGCAUCCUGGAGCAUGGAAGAGGUCUCCUUAUGGAGAUGCACUGGACGCCAUUCUCUCCGUCCUGAACGAGAAAAUCUUCGCGAAGAGACAAGCUACUUGUCCUGAAUGCACUCCAGGAGUUAACUGUCCUCUCGGAUGUCCAAUGUCCGAUCCUAUGUCCCCUUAUAUUCUGUGUCCUUAUUGUCCAAGACCAAAUAUAUGUCCAUAUUGCUUUCCUGGAUCGCCCUGCCCUCCAGGAUGUCCACAGACGCCAUGUCCACCUUGCUUCCCAGGAAGUUCCUGUCCACCAGGAUGUCCUCGAACCCCGUGUCCACCUUGUUAUCCAGGAAAGCCAUGUCCAGUAGGGUGUCCGUAUACCCCAUGCCCACCUUGUUAUCCUGGAACUGUAUGCCCAGAAGGCUGCCCACCAUCCACAUGUCCUGUUUGCUACCCUGGAAACUGGUGUCCGCCAGGAUGCCCACACACGCCAUGUCCACCUUGUUAUCCUGGAACCCCAUGUCCUAUUGGAUGUCCAGGUACAAAAUGUCCAAAAUGUUAUCCAGGACGUCCAUGUCCAGAAGGAUGUCCCCGGUUACCAUGUCCUUUCUGUUAUCCCGGUUCUCGGUGCCCUCAAGGAUGUCCACAAACUCCGUGUCCUCCGUGUUAUCCUGGGUCAUCGUGUCCACCAGGAUGUCCAGCAACCCCGUGUCCAAUUUGUUAUCCAAACUCACAAUGCCCUAUUGGGUGUCCAACCACAUGCCCACCGUGCUAUCCAGGUACUGCGUGUCCUAAAGGAUGUCCACAAACGCCUUGUCCGCCUUGCCCCCCUGGUGCCCAAUGUCCUAUAGGAUGUCCACAAGAGAGAUGUCCUCCAUGCUAUCCAGGUAGAUCAUGUCCAGCAGGGUGUCCCCUUACUCCGUGUCCUCUUUGCUACCCAGGAGAUCGAUGUCCUGAGGGAUGUCCCCAAACACCGUGUCCUGAAUGCUACCCUGGCCAAAAGUGUAGACCUGGAUGUCCACAGACUCCAUGUCCAUCAUGUCUCCCUGGUGAAUUCUGCCCACCUACAUGCCCAAGUGGACGAUGUCCUCUUUGUUACCCAGGCGAAAAGUGUCCAACUGGGUGUCCGCAAACCCCAUGUCCAGAUUGCUACCCAGGUGAACCUUGCCCUUCAGCAUGUCCACGAACUCCAUGUCCUAUUUGCUACCCAGGACAAAAAUGUCCAUUAGGAUGUCCUCAUAUACCAUGUCCCGCUUGUUAUCCAGGUUUCCCGUGUCCUCCAGAAUGUCCACCGACACCGUGUCCCGAAUGUUACCCAGGACAGCCGUGUCCUUCGGGAUGUCCCUUAACGCCUUGUCCUAGCUGUUUCCCAGGUGCCCAGUGUCCCCCGGGAUGUCCUCAAACCCCCUGCCCUGCUUGCCUUCCUGGACAUCCCUGCCCUCCAGGAUGUCCACCCUUUCGAUGUCCUCCUUGUUACCCGGGGGAGAAAUGCCCUUCAGGAUGUCCAAGAACUCCGUGUCCUGACUGCUAUCCCGGAGAACGAUGUCCACCUACAUGUCCCCCGACGCCAUGCCCAGUAUGCUAUCCAGGGAAUCCUUGCCCCUACGGAUGUCCAAAUACUCCAUGUCCGUUUUGUUAUCCAGGAGAUCAAUGUCCACGUGGAUGUCCAGAGACACCGUGCCCAAUAUGCUAUUCAAGAGAACAGUGCCCAAGUAGAUGCCCAGUAAUACCAUGUCCAGAGUGUUUUCCCGGAGAUCGAUGUCCAGCUGGAUGUCCCCAAACACCGUGUCCGGAAUGCUAUCCAGGAGACAUUUGUCCUCCAAACUGUCCCAUAAAGCAUUGUCCAAAUUGCUACCCUGGGGAUAAAUGCCCGUCAAGAUGUCCUGUGUCGCCAUGUCCUACUUGUUAUCCUGGUGAAAAAUGUCCCACUCAAUGUCCACAGACGCCAUGUCCCAAUUGUUACCCGGGAGAAGUUUGUCCUGCUGUAUGUCCUCCAACUCCAUGUCCUGUAUGCUAUCCAGGGCAAAAAUGUCCCCUCGGAUGUCCUCGUACCCCGUGUCCAGCCUGCUAUCCCGGUGACCAUUGUCCAGCUGAAUGUCCACCAACGCCAUGUCCGCUUUGCUACUCAGGAGAUCAAUGCCCUUCUGGGUGUCCUCAAACCCCAUGUCCGAGAUGCUACCCUGGAGAAAAAUGCCCCAAUGGAUGUCCAAUUACACCAUGUCCUGAUUGCUACCCAGGUGAUACGUGCCCAGUCGGAUGUACUUUCAAGCCAUGCCCAACGUGUUACCCAGGACAGAAAUGUCCUGGAGGAUGUCCAGUAACCCCAUGUCCCAGCUGCUACCCACUGACUGACUGUCCACCUGGAUGUCCACAGACACCUUGUCCAGACUGCUACCCAGGGUACCGCUGUCCACCUGGAUGCCCCCAGAACCCGUGUCCUUCCUGCUACCCAGGUCAGCCGUGCCCACCUCAGUGUCCUCCAUCCCCAUGCCCACCCUGCUUUCCGGGGGAGAAAUGUCCCUCUGGGUGUCCAGUUUCCCCGUGUCCAUCCUGCUACCCUGGCCAAACGUGCCCACCAGCGUGCCCCCCAACUCCAUGCCCUACCUGCUACCCAGGGCAUCCGUGUCCACCAGGAUGUCCAUGGACGUCAUGCCCACCCUGCCGCCCUGGACAACCAUGCCCCCCUGGAUGCCCCCCCUCCAGGGACUGCCCUGCUUGUCCCCGGGGGCCCAUUGGGGAUCAGGGAAGACCAGGGAACCAGGAACGUGGGCCCCGUGGCGCUCCUGGCAUCCCAGGGAAAGGAUUCCCAGGGCCAAUGGGACUACCAGGUGCCCCAGGGACGUGCCCAGGAGGACAACCCGUGGCACAACCCCCGUGCCCCAACUGCUGCCCCGCCAGGGAAGACCUUUACAGUAUACUCAACAAGACCGACUGUUGCAAGAAACGCCCUCCCCGACCCCCCUGUAGGUAUAACGCAGCAGAACUGGAACGCCGCCUGGAAGCGCUGGGGAAGAAGCUGGAAUCCCUUGCAAGUGUGCAAGACACUCUGUUAGUUUAUGGCCUGGAGAUGCAGAGACUCAAUGCUAAGUUUAGGGAAGCGGACUUCAGAGGACCCCCUGGACCAAAGGGGGAAAAGGGAAGACUAGGAGAAAAGGGUCCCUUAGGGGGAAAAGGGGCGGAAGGUCAGUGUUCGAAAAGCAGCCACCACGAUCCUCCGGGUGGACCUCCGGGCCCUCCGGGCAAGAAGGGCGCUCCUGGAAGCUCUGGCAACCAAGGGCCAUGCGAUUGUCAGGGUGAGCGAGGAGAGGCCGGAGCCCCUGGGGAGGACAUUAGGGGUUCCCCAGGACCUAGGGGACAUAAGGGCAAGAAGGGUAGCAGAGGCUAUACCCAUACCCAGUACCACCAAGAGGAGCUUUCGCUUAAAGACCAGGAUCAGCAAGAUGAGUCAUUGCCUAGUACAGUGGCACCCACCGCCGGGGUAUGAGACAUCUGACCUGACCUUCAUUGUGGUCUCCAAUUUGACCUUCAGCGUGACCUCAUUUUGUGACUUCAAUGGGACCUUCAGCAUAACAUCACCUACUUUGACUCUAAAAAAAUAAAUCAAUUAUUUUGGAUACGCAGAAUUGUUUUUAUUAUUAUUGUGUUUUCAGAGCUGUAUACUAUAUAAUAGUUAAACUGAAUAAUAAAUAAUGUAAAUACAAAUAAUUAAACUUACUCUUCC